ACACAGCAGAAUAUCAAAAAUACACAAAUAACGCCAUAAUUUAAUGUUAAUAGCAGAAAAAUCUCACUUGAAAAACGACCGCAUGGACACAUGUAGAACUUACCUGGUCUAAUUGAACUUCGGCUUGCUGUCGUUGAUUUGGGUCUAUAGUGGCCCGGAGUAAAUCUAUUAAUUUUCUGAUCUCCAUAGUUAGUGUUUAGCAGCUUGUUAGUUGGAUUUACUUUAAUUUUAACUUUACCGAAGCAAAAUUAAAUUCGCUCUUUUCAACAAGAUGCUCGGUACCUCGCGCACGAUGCACGACGGAACUCGAGAUUUGACAAAAAAUGACAGAAAUGACAGCUGCUGACGGCCUCCUUUGCCGCCGUUGACGUUUCUAAGCGGUUUUUUACCCUUUUGCUUCGUCAUCUAUGUUAGUCAUAAAUUAAAUCAAAAUAAUUUACUUUAAUGCGAUUCUGAAUUUACUCAAAUUCAAAACAAUUUAUAAUUACAAAAAAAAACCUUUGGUAGUAGAAGGAUUUUUGGAACGUAAUAAUUUUGAAUCGCUCGCGAAAAAAUGGCUAACGAUUAACGCCACAUUUUCGUGCCAACUACCAACUUGAGAAAUGACAAAAGACAAGGCAGAGAUGGUGUGACAGGUCCGUCAGCAGGGUAAAAAAAUAAUAUUUUGCAUAAUAAACACGUUAAAAAAUUCAUACGUUUCUCAUGUUAAUUUGAAAAGUAGGGUGAACGAAAUAUUUUAAUAUAAAUAUGAUAAAAUUAUUUUCACUGAAACAACAAAAAAAGGAUGGAGAAUCAUCACCAAGGCCAGGGAAUCAAAAGAAAGCAUCGGCAGCACAACUACGAAUUACAAAGGAUAUCAAUGAAUUAAAUCUACCUAAAACAUGCACAACGGAAUUUCCAGAUCCUGAUGACCUACUAACUUUUAAAUUGGUUAUUUGUCCUGAUGAGGGCUUCUACAGGACCGGUCGUUUCAUAUUCAGCUUCAAGGUAGGUCCCAAUUACCCGCACGAGCCCCCCAAAGUGAAAUGCGAAACGCAAGUGUACCAUCCCAACAUCGAUCAACAGGGCAACGUAUGUCUUAACAUUUUGCGCGAAGACUGGAAGCCGGUUCUCACCAUCAACAGCAUCGUGUACGGCUUGCAGUAUCUGUUCCUGGAGCCCAAUCCGGAAGACCCGUUGAACAAAGAGGCGGCCGAGGUGUUGACCAACAACCGUAGACUGUUUGAACAGAACGUCCAAAAAGCCAUCAGGGGAGGGUAUGUCGGCGGCGUCUAUUUUGACCGUUGUUUGAAGUGAUGGAUUCUUAUAUUUUGCGUGUAUAUAAAAUAUAUAAAAAUAAUUUUUAACAACAAAAUAAGCCUAUUGUGUGGACGCAUUUACACAGUGUUUAUAAAUAGAUUUUAAUAUAAAAAUGUUAAAACUAAACUAAUCAAACAAACAAAAAUGAAAAAGAAACACGUUAAUUCAACUAAAAACGUUUUUUCUAAAUAACUAAGAAGAUUACUGUAUGAAAAACAUCAUGUGACUGAUCUCAUACGUUUAGUGUGGUUUUUUUAACAGUUUGCUAUUUUUUUUUUAAUAAAAGACAGUAUAGUGUUAAACACUGCUACUAGUACUAACAAUAUGAAGUAGAGGAAAUAGAUUAUAUCAUGAACGACGCAGCACUGCAUGGAUUUACAUACAAACUGUACAUUCGUUAAGUGUUGCAUCAUUCAUGAUAUAAUCCACUUACUCUAAUUUAGUGAUGCGUUUUUAUAAUAAUCUGGUGUUGUUUUGAUUGAUUUUAUUGUCUAUUUUGAUUUAUUUUAGACCAUGCCUUGUUUAAUACAACAGAAAUUAUUCGGUCCACCAAAACAAUACCAGUCUGUUGACUUAUAACACGUUAAGCGCAAAUUCAUUGCGAAAAUUAAACAAAAAAAUAAAGCGAAUUGGAAGACAUGGUGGCAAUCAAAUUAGUAACCGAAACAACGUAUAUCUUGCAAAUAAAAAACGAUAUGGCUACUGCUCCAACCAACUUCUAAAUAGUAUAAUAUUGUUGCUUACCAUUGUAUUUAUUAUAAAUUCAAGGCAUGUCGAUCAUUGAUUGACUGUAAAUGGCCUUGUUUCAAAAUUGAGUUAAUGUUCUGUUCAGCGUUUCUGAAAUAUAUUAUUCAAUUUAGAAUAAUUUAAAAGUACCUAUAGUUGGUCCAAAAAAUAACUCUUGAAAGUAUCUACAGUUGAUCCAGAAGUUUUUUACGUGCGCGCCAUAUUUAAUAUGCAUAUGAAUUGAGUCAUUAAAUGCUAGUUUUUAAUAUUAUUCGUGAAAAAUAAUAAUAAAUCGUGAAGGGUAAAUAUUCCGGUUGCAGUCAGUUACAAGUAGUGAUGAAAAAUUCUCGAGAAUAAAAAAUGGAUUAUUACCAAGAAUAUUCUCGAUUAUGAGAAUUUUCUGAGAACGAUCUACCAAAACUAACUCAAAUUUAAUGACAGUGACAUCUAAACUCGAGCGGCAUAUUGAAUACAUCUUUUAACAACUCUCACCAGCACCGUGUAACGAUUUAAGUCAAAAACGACUGUUCACCAGUGAGCGCUCUUAGUUGUAAACGAUUCCUGACGAAAAUCAGUUUUGAAACUCAUGGGUUUAAAUAAACUUUAAAAGAUUUAUUUAUGAUGAAGCAUAAACAAUAACAAAAAAAAUAUAACUCUCAAAAGCAUAAAAAAUGUAAAAUAAAAUCUUAAACAGAUUAACAAAACAAAAUUAAGUUUAAAAAAAUAAAUCAAUUUGAGUCAGAAAAAUUGUCCACAUCACCAUCACUAUUUUUAUUUUCUGACGAGUGCGACUCCGACCCAUCACUUCCGUCAGACUCCUACUUACUUAUUUACUUACAAAAUUCCUUUAUUUACAAUAUGUACAUUUAAAUGGUAUAAUAACAAUUAGCAACAUAUGUGCAGCGGAUAUCUUCUUAACUACGUCUAAGAAGUAUUCCUAACUGCGAAGACCUCAGGCGAGGCCAUGACCGAUGUCACGGCCGUGUAAUUAAAAGUUAUUAUUUAAUAUUAAUGAUUUCCGUGACCUCUUCUUACUUAUCAAAAGCAUUAUAAGUCAGUUAUGGCUGUUAACUAGAUCGGUAGUUGUAAAGUGGUAAGUUUUUGUCAGAUUUUACUUUUGUCUGUCUUCCCUGAAAAACUGAUUGAAAAAACAGUGUUGUCCUUGAGUGUAUGUGCGUUCUGUAGUAGUUUACGUGCAUGAGAUAGCCAAAACAAUGGACUACACGAUAACUCCAACGGCCCAACACAAAAAUCGUGGCAGGCCUCGAUUUCGGUACCAGGCGAUGACGUUACCAAGCAGUCUUCCGUCCGACUGAAGUUGUUUUCUAGUCGUGAAACCGCAGAAAUUUUUGCCUGGAGGGCCCCGUGUAUCGGGCAGCUGACCCCAGUGUUAUCUGUUAGUAUAUUUUGGGCUUGUUUACUUACAGUUUUACUUCUUAUCUUUGGUUUUAUUGUUUUAAAUGGAUUUCCAAAGUGUACGUUUGAUAUUUUCUCAAGCCUAUCAAUCUCUUCCUUAUUAUACCAGCAUUUCCUUUUAAGCUUUUUUGUGUAGGAAGUUUCAAAGCCCUUUGGCGUAGUAGGAGGCCCCAAGGGCUCCGACAUUCAAUUCGGUGUACCGAUACUUGUACUAUACUUAACCUGGCGCGAGAAUAUACUAUGAAAGAGAAAAUUGUAAUUGACAGCUGUCACAAAGUACUAAAGUAAACUGACGUAGACUUUGAUAGCAAACGAUACCUAGCACAGUCCUAGGUGUACUGUCCCGUCAGACUCCAAUAUCAUUUCCAUUGCCUCGGUUUCUACAAGACCACCCUGUGACUGGUAGUCCUAAGUAGACGGGUUCUUUUCAUGUUCUUUAUACUUGGAGGGCUUGGACAUCGUAGAAUAACCCUGCUGGUCCAAUUGUUUCAAAUUAUGAGCUAUAAAAGUAACUUUAAUGGCACGCUCAGCAGUCAGUCGGUUUCUUUUUGAGGAGUGAAUGAAACCAUAUGUGUUAAAGCUCCUUUCUGUAGCAGCGCUAGUUACAGACAUUCCCAAAAUUUUAACCGCUAAUUUACUUAGUUUUGUCCCAAAACAGGUUCCUUUCCACCAAAUCUCAGGUUCUAGUGUAUUGACAGACCUUAAAACGUAUGGUUUUGCAAAAAAUCCUUUACAUCUAUACUACGCCAAUUCCGCCAUUAAAUUUGGCGUCAUCUGGGUAUUUUGAGGUAGCUAAAUAAUAAACUUUGUACCCUGAAUUUGCUCCUCGUUGCUCAAAUGAACACCAUUUAAAUGCGGGUCUAAGAUAUUAGCUGCCAAAUGUAUAGGGUGUAUAGCAGUAUACUUUCUUUUUGCUAAAAAUUACUGGACAUUUUGCUCUUCCUGCUUCGUAAACGCCGUAACGCCGUUUCAAAAUGUUUCACUUAGCUUAGGCUUAUCUGACUUUAGUUUGGUUUUAUAUUCAACAAUAGGGUUGAUCAAAUUGAACAACUUCAACACUCGUACCCAGAAUAUAUCUUCAUCUAAAAUUAAUUUUCCUACUCGCUUCCUACUUUGACGGGUAACUUCAAAGAUAUUGGCACAGUUGUCUUCUUUUUUUUAGUCUGGAUUAAGUGGCCAGUAAAAGAUGAGAAUGAUUAAUUUCUUUAACGAUAGCUUUAACAUCGUCCUCUAUCGAAGCCAUCGUUCACAAUUUUGUGAUGUCUCUUAUCAAUAAGUUAAGUUUAUUGACGACGCAACCGUAAACAGAUAUACGAGGCCUGUCUUAAAAAGUAUCCGACCUUUGGCCAGAAAAAAUAUUUCGAAUACCUGACAGGAGUUAGGAUCCUAAUCCCUUUCAAACUAGGCCUCUUGCGCUUGCACGCACUUAGCCCACCAAUCCUUCCACUGCUGGACUCUGGAAUUCUUCUUUUGGAAUGGUGAUCAGCCCGUCGUCGCGUUCCGUAUUAUCUCUUCUCUACUCUCAAAACGGGAUCCUUUCAGUGGCGUCUUCAAUUUUGGAAACAACCAGAAGUCGCAAGGAGCCAGAUCUGGAGAGUAGGGAGGUUGGCGAACGGUUGUAAUUCAUGUUUGGCUAAGAAAUUGUUGAUCAAUUGGGAUGAAUGUGCAGGGGCUCCUAACUCUAGGAGGAUAUCAAAUAGAAGAGGGAGACUUACCUAACUUGAAGCCACUUCAAAUCCUACACUUCCUUGAGAAAAUAGGAUUGGAAGGGUCGCUAUAGGCAUUGAGACAUUUCCUUAGUGCAGUGGCGACAGAAGGGGGCACAAUAGAUCUUUUAGGUCGCAGUGUAUUAACACCCCAUUAUCAACAUAACAUGUGCAGGGGCGUUGUCAUGAUGUAAGUGCCAGUUGUUCGCCGUCCACGUCUGGUCUUUUGCGCCGAACUUCGUCACGGAGUCGUCGGAGAACAUCUUGAUAGUACGCCUUUGUCACUGUUUGUCCUUCCGGUGCGUAUUCGUGAUGCACAAUUCCACGGACAUCAAAUAAAACAGUCAGUAUCACUUUGAUUUUGCUUCGCACCUGACGCGCUUUCUUCGGCCUUGGAGAAUCGGGAUGCUUCCAUUGCAACGACUGUCUUUUUGUUUCUGGAUCGUACAAGUACACCCAUGACUCGUCCCCAGUUAUCGCGGUGUUCAGAAACCCAGGAUCAGUGUUGGUGGUGUCCAGAAGGUCUUGUGCAAUGUUAAAACGAAGAUCUUUUUGUUCCGGCGAUAACAACUUGGGUACGAAUUUCGCAGCCACCCGGUACAUGUUCAAAUCUUCACACAAAAUUGCAUGUGCAGAAUCUUUACUCACUACAACCUCUUCUGCAAUCUCCCGCACUGUCAAAUCAAAUCUCGCACCCUUUCAACAUUAGCUGCACUCCAAGCAGUUUGGGGCCUGCCACAACGCGGCUCACUCUCCGCUGAUGUGCGACCAUCUUUGAAUCGAUUAAAUCACUCCUCAAUUUGUGUUAUACCCAUCGAAUCUUCUCCAAACACCUGCUGAAUCUUACGAAUUGUUUGGCUUUGAGAAUCACCAAGCUUUUAACAGAAUUUGAUGCAGUAUCUUUGCUCAAUUCGUUCAGUCAUCUUGCGAGAAAACUAAAUUCGACGAACACUAAGAACAACACCUUGCUUGGCGACCACCAGCCAGCGACUUGCACAAGCGAACGCGGUGAAAAAAUUCAAGCAUGCGCAUUACGGUUCCUCCUUCCACCGUGCACAGUGGCGCCACUUUAGAGUCACUACUUUGCGCGGGAAAAAUUAAGGUCGGAUACUUUUUAGACAGCCCUCGUAUGUUUAUACUUUUCAUGAAUGAUAUUUCUGGCUUUGUCUGUCACUAAAGCAAUGAAAUUUUCUGGUCCUAUUUCUAUUAGUACUUCUAUUUUUUCUGUCAUGUACUCUGCAGUAUGUCGAUUUGUAUCAGUUGUAGGAGUGGUGAUAAUAAAAUUAAUAAUGGCCUCGUUUCUUCUGUUGCUCCAACCAUCACACUGCAGACCCAGAGCAUUGGCUUCACAUAUUUUAACGUUUAUGUUGCAUUGUUUCGUAUUCUGAUUCUAGAAGUUUAUUAGACAAAGAAUGUCGUGAAGGCUUUUUGAAAGAAUAACUGCCAAUGUUUAUUUUCCGAGAUUGCAAAUGGUGUUCCAGAAGCAUAAAUUGCCCUUGCAAACAGUAAAAGUUGUUCCAACUGUGCUUGCUCUUCUCUAUUUGAGACAUCCAUAAACCUACGUAAACUAGAAGUUGAUGCGCUACCUGGUAUGCUGACAGUUGUCGAAGUUGAAGCCUUGUCCACUUCACCCUGAUCUGAAAAUAAAUGUUUUGUUAUGACUUGAAUUCAACUUCAGCAAAAAAGCUCCUUUCACCCUCCGUGUAAUAGGGCAUCCUUUAAAGUAAACCCAUCACUAUUUAUAUUUAAAUAAAAUAUUUAUUUAGGCAAUAAAAUACAACAAACUUAUUAUAUCUCUUCAGCUACUUUUUUUAAAUCCUUUUUGAUACAAAUAUAUAGUUUACCAUACAUUAUACUCUCUACUAAAUAUUGAACAUACCUUUCAAGGAUGAAUCUGCAAUGCUCAUCGGAGAGGCAAUGGAUACAUUUCGACUUUCCCCUCUUUUAAAGCGUUUUUUGAUAUCAUUGAGACAUUUCAGACACUUCAACAAGUGUUUUGUCAUUCUUGUUACAUUUUUAACAUAUUCCCUUGCACAAAAUUUUGCAAACAUAAACCGUUUUCCCCUCAAGUUU